AUGGGAGUGUGGGAUUCCCUGAGGGACACUCACUCAGACCUAACCCCCUCCCUUAUCCAGAGGUCAGAUCCUGGGCUGCUGGCUCAGUUUUUCUUCGCUGAUGAACGUGUGACACAAGUGGUAACCGAAAUCAUCUGCCUGGAUGCCCGGGAGGACCCUCAGCACUACCUGGUUCUGCUGAGUCAGUUGCAUGCCAGCCAGGAGCGGCUACUGGAAGUGAUGGAGCAGAUAAUGGAGGAGAACCUGUCUGGUGAUCGAAGGCCUCGGGACUAUGUGGCCAAGUUCCCAGAGGAGCUGUUGGGAGCAAGCCUGAGGGCCCAUGUACUCUUCGCUGCUGAGUGCUUGGUGGCUGGCUCCUUUGUGGACGUGGAUGAGACUGCCCAGCAGCUUCUCCAGCCUCUAGCCCGGGACCUGUUGCUGAGCCUGGAGCAGGCUAGGGCUCUCCUCCGAGAGCAGAGUCUGGGCCGCCCUGGGCCCUGCUCCCAGGCUCUACGUUCUGCCCUGCUUCGUUUUGACCACCUCUUUGCUGACUUUGAGUUCAACUACGUGGCAAUGGUUGCCCCUGUGAAGUCCCCAGAGGAGCUCCAGCAGCAGCAGGAUGUGGCUGUACUUUUCUGUGAGACGGUAGCCAGGGCCCUGAAACUUGGCUAUCUCACCCAGGAGAUGAUUGACAGCUAUGAGCCUACCCUCAUGUUGACUAUACCUCGACUGGCGAUCAUCAGUGGUCUUCUCAUCCACCCUGAGGGUCCCCUGAGCCUGAGCCCACCUGGUGCUACAGCCUAUGUCUUCAGUCCCUUCCGAAGCCUCCUACAGAAAAUCCAAGCCCUAUUGGUUGUUUUAUCAGCUGAUGAACUCUUCAUACUUGAACGGAGCCUGUGUAUGGCAGAUGCCCCCUGGGAGCCCAUGGAUGAUCCCAGACAAGAGAGCUUAGAGCAUCAGUGGAAAGGGUGGGGACCAAACAGCAUCAUGAGCCAGCUACCUCCUUUCUGUGGACUGACUCUGGACAUGCACCCUGCCCGCUGCCAUUAG